AUGUAUGUGAAAUGCUUUGAUACAGUAAUGUUUUACUAUGUGAUUUUAGUGAAUGUCACUUUUUGUCAUUUUCAAAUUUCCCGCCGCUCCGUCCCCCCAUAUGUCCCUACGCUCGCAGGGGACAAAACCCAGAUGACAGAUGCCGGCAUCCGCCGGAUUACAUUGCCGGGGACACUGCAGGAGGGACAUCGUGGGAGCGCAGGGCAAGGUAAGUGAUCGAGGGAUCCCAGAGCAGCGCUGCAUGGUAAGCUCGAGUGUAGCUCGGGGUUACCGCUUGUGCUACACUCGGGAAUACCACCAGGAAGGUUA